CUUUGCCGGAGAGCAGUGUUGGCAUGUCGAAGAGAAUUUGCAACUCGCUAGCAAGAAAGAGUCACAAUUGUGCACCUGGAAAGACGUGGGCGAGCGGAUAAUAUCAGUCUUGUGAAGAUGAAUACAAGUUACCUACGUACAAAAAGAAAUCUUCUUUCACAUAACAAGUCGCAUGUACAUAUGCUGCAGCAUUCUUGUUCCCGCAAAGCCAGGUUUUACGCUGUCCCCUUGAGCGCGUGAAACAGGGAAACUGAAGAAUUUUCAAGGAGAACGAAAUAGUCAGGCCGUGCAGUUGUAAUAAAGUUCGAGAGUACAACAGAACUAGGAAAUUGUUCGGGAUUCAUUUGAAGCAAAUAGAGAACGUCGUAGCGCGAAAGAAUGGCGACGGCAGCGGAUCACAUGCUGUUCAUCCAGGAAAAGGUGAACCCGGUGUUGGAACAGCUCGUCACGCAGAUGCUGCUCGACCGACCAGAAGACCCGUCAGCCUUCAUGCUGGCGUGGUUGAAGGAAAAGCACAAAGAGUCGGGCUUUCCGCCGGUUUCCACCAGUGGCGAGUCACUCGAGGAGCUGCGACAAACUUUGGCAGAGUACUUUUUUUUUUUGGCCUCAGUACUUCGUAAUCGUAUUGAUUGGUAGUGUAGUCGGAUAUUGAUUUAGCACAUGAGAAAAUUUUUAGUUCGGCAGAGUCGUGAACAUGGGAAUCAGUGUGCUUGUACCUAUGCUGACCUAUCAGUGCGAAAAAUGAAGUGAGGACACUGAAAUCUUCCCAACAGCCUCCAAUCGAAGAAAGCCGACCUGGAAUCGAAACUGCAAUAAAGGAGAU